GAAAUAUAUAAGCAGUACCUUAGCCGCACAUUUUAGAUCUUCUCCCUGCUAUUCAGCAGAACGCGAGACAACACAAAGAACGUUAGAAGACUAACACGACGCAGUCAUGGACUCCAAAAAGAAAACACCACCACCACCAAUUGUAUUCCAGGAAUACGAGAAGCCUGCAGCCAAGUCAAACGUGAAGUAUAUCAUAGCUGCAGUGACCGUUGUGUUGAUUGUGGUUGUCACAUUAGGCGCAAUUCUUGUAACGUUGAAAUUCACAAAAGGCUUUGGUAGCGACACCAUUAAGGAAUUCGCGCUUGCAAAGAAAACCCUUGUGAAAAUAGACGUUCACAAUAACAUGACAGAGCUUGACGAUCAAGAAAAGGGCUACUCUGUGUACAAUGACUUUAGCAAGGGUUUCACAAUGCUGAAAGUUGGUCUCAACACAAGCUUUGUAUGCUACCUGAGCAAGCUCAACAAAGGGGUCCUUUCUCCAAAGGCAAUGAAGAGUUAUUUGGAACAUCAUCCUGAUGGAGAAAAAUUUACAUCACAUGGUAAAGAUGGUAAUAGGAAUCUGCCACACUAUAAGCCGGCCAAAGAGGAAAUCGAUCAUCGGGGAUUCCUAAGCGAGCAAGUCCUGGACGCCUGUGCCGGAUUUCCCAUACACUGGCUUGUCCCUGUUACUGAGGAUGUACAACAUGAUGGAAAAGAUGGCGAUGAUACUAAGGAUGAUAAUAUACGCGGAAAUGCUGGCAAUACAACCUUAUUGAGAGUGAAAAGGCAUAGCAGUAGUAGCAGUAGCAGUAAGAGCAAAAGUAAGAGCAAAUGUAAGAGCAGCAGUAGCAGUAAGAGCAGCAGCAGUAGCAGUAGUAGCAGUAAGAGUAGCAGUAAGAGCGGCAGCAGCAGUAAGAAGAGCAGUUGUGAUAGCAGCAGCAGUGAAAGUAGCGAGAGUCGUGACUAUGUCUAUGGUUAUCCUUUACCUGGUCCUGGGUGCUGUUACAGUCGUAUGAAUAGUGAAAGCACUUGCUACGAGUUUGGAGAAUUUUGUUGUGAUGAAUGCUGCAUUCCCGGAUGUGGACCUGCUCCCUGUUGCUACUCAUCAUGGUGUGACUGUUCUUUUAGAUACCCACCUGAUUUCUUUUGCCCCUCUGAGGCAGAUUGUAGAGCACCAUAUUGUUCUGAUGCUUUCUUUCCCUAGUAAGGACAAAUUAGCUACGUGUGAUGUGCGGGUUGGGGUAAAUACUUCGGUGCCUUACGUAAGAUAUCAAUUAUUCCUUCGGCAUAUAUACCCCGUAUCCAAAGUCUCCCAUUACGUAACCCUCAUACAUCAUGUAUCCCGUGUCUAUUCACGCAGACUCUUGAUGAAUAGGCUAGUUAGUAUACAAGGUGACCCAGAAUGAAUGCAACCCAUAAAUGUGCUUUCGAUGAACUUUAAGAUAUAUGCUUCAUUUUUCACCCCGUAUCCAAAACCUCCCAUUACGUAAUCCAGAUUCUUGAUGAAUAGGCUAGUUAU